UCUUAUAUGUUAUAUAUUGAAUUUUUUUAAAUGAUUUUAAAUUACAAAAAUGAGGAAACCUUAUAUGUUAUAUUUUAAAAGUUUUAAAAUGACUUUAAAUUACAAAAAUGAGGAAACCUUAUAUGUUAUACUUUUAUUAUAUGUUAGAUUUUUUUUCUUAUAUGUUAUUUAAAAAAAAAUUUAAAACGACUUUAAAUUAUAAAAAUGUAAGUUUUCCUUAAACAUACGACUAAAAGUAUUAAAAUGACAUGUUUCAGUUCAAUUUGACCUGGAAACUUUCAAAACCAUAUGGACGAUAAAUGUCAAAAUAAUUCAAUUAUGUUUCCUUUUUUCAAGAAUAUAUUCAGUGAAGAAAAAAAUUAUGUCAUAAUUUGUUUAAUGUCCAAUCCGAUCAACCCAUAAUAUAUUAAUUAUAGUUUAGUUUCACAUUUUUUAAUAAAAAUUGAUCCGGUCAAUCGAAAAGAAAUUAUAUAAUAACAACAAAAAAUAUUGUAUAUGUAUAAAAAAAGAUCAAAUAUAUAAAUAAAUUUGUCAAUAAUAUAUACAAAUAAACUCACCAUGCGGAAAACGCAUAUUUUAUCCUAGUGUUUAUAUAUAAUUUAAAUUUUGAUUCAAUUAGUUGCAUGUUUUCUUUACACCAAUCGUUGUAUUUUAAAAUAAUACUAGUACUAGCAUGCGACCUACUUUGUAAUAAUUUUAAUAGCUAAAUCGACUUAAAUUAAUUAGUUUAUACUUGCAAUAGUAAGUACGUUAUAGUCUCUAUAUAAAUGCCCCCAUAGAUGGAAGUGUUACUUCACACCACCAUUCUCAAACAUUCUGAGAGUCCAAAAUUAACAACGAUAUUUAGUUUCUCUUAUUUUUCUGUUUUCUUUUUCUUUCCCAUUUUUUCUCCAAUGGAAUCAUAUAUGGGUCAGAAGAAAACAUUGUUCGCCUGUGUUUUUUUAGUGAUGGUUCUCUUUUUAGGGUUUAGUUGCGUCCACGGACGAAUCCUAAAAAAUAUGAAUGUUGAUCAUGAAGAUAACAAGAAAAUGAUGGUAAUGCACAACGGACUGAUGGUUGAUCAAAAGACGGUGCAGCUCUCGCCAUCACCACCGUCGCCUUCACCGCCGCCACCGGGAGGUAAGGGAGCAGAAGAUUUUAGGCCUACAUCACCCGGUCAUAGCCCUGGCAUUGGCCAUAGUUUACCCCACAACUAAUCAUAUUUAUGCAAUUCCACAUAUUCAUGUGUCUCAGUAUGUGUUGUUAACGUGUGAUUUGUUGUCUUUUAAUCAUUCUCAUGCAGUUCCACUCAUGAUAUGUUACGUCGGUCGUUCGAAAUUUCUUUAAAUAUGGCUUUAUUGAAUAAAAUGGUUUAGGUUUUCUUUCCGAUCCACUCAAGGUUGAGUACACAUGAUACUUCAUACGUAUAAUCAAUCAAUCGGUAACUGUAAAAUAUACACAUUGUUAAGUAAUAAAUAUGGCAAAAAUAAUCAUAAGAACUGAACAACUAAUCGAAGCUUUUAUAUAAAUUAUGAUUUAAUAUUUAAACACAAACAUGGCAUUUUAUAUACUUUUAUACAUUUCUAUAAAUUACUUCUAUUUUUGAAUAUUGUCAUUUAUAUUUUGCAUUAAAAACUGCGACAUAAAUCUGAUCUUAUUUCUUGUAUUCCAAAUAGAGAUUGUAGAGAUUUAAGAUUGAAAUAGUAGAGCUGCGGAUGUAGAGUUUUAUUUUGAAGUUUUAUUUUAUUAGUCAAUAAAAUAAUAGCUAGUAUAUGCAUUUGUAUAUGCGUUAAAAACUAAAAAAAUAUUUUGAUUAAUCAGAAUGAGGUAUAUUUUAAUCACCCUAAUUCAUUGUAUAUGUAAUUUAUAAAAUACAUAAUAACUCGUUUUUAUGCUUAAGAAUAAUCAUGUGUUUGAUCAAAAAAAAAAAGAAUAAUCAUGCAUGUGCUCACAUGCAAAAAGGCCAUACAUGAAAAAAAAGUUACGGCAUUCGUGCGGUGGUGAACUGAAAGAGUUUAUGUGAGUCCAUGUUUACAUGGGACACUUGUAAAAGAUAAAGACAUCUCUUGGUAUGUUGGUGUUCAAAUUUAAUAUUAAUUGUAAAGGGAGUGAUUACUUUUUGAGCUUUCGAACCUUUUUGAUUUGCUUUCAAUGUUAUUUACUUUUUGAGUCCUUUAUAAAUAAUACAAGCCACUGUUUAUUUUAAUUACGAGUGAUUACGUAUAGCAAAUUGUUGUUUUAAAUACAUAAUAAGGUCUAUAAAAGAAUAAAUUGAAACGAAACCAAAAAGUCUGUGGUCGGAAAGUGUGGUAGGCCCUUGAACUGACUUCCCUGCGUGUAGGAACCAGGCAAAGAAAAAGAAAAAGUAUCAACCUUUUCAAUUUUCAACAUGACGUUAAAUGGGCUGCACUGCCGGCACAUAUUAUUUUUAUAUGGCGCGAAUAUUCAAAAGUGUGGGAUAAUUCGACUAUCAAGUGUUUACAAUAAAUUACAACUAAAGACUAAUUUUAUUCCAAAAUUACUCUUUAGUUUGCCUUUCAAAAUUCAAAUUGUAUACAUAUGUUUCUUUAUUUUUGGUCAAAAGUUCCAAAACGUUCGUAGAUAACAUUCCAAAAUUACUCUUUCGUCUGCGUGAUUUGUCCAUCAAUGUUAUGUGAAUUUCACUCCUUUUGUCAAUAAAACUGCUUUAAAAUGCAUAGUCAUUAUUAGACAUAAAAUAAUAUCAAAUUACACAUGCAAAGAAUGCAUUUUGAUAUAUUUCAUUUGGUGGAAAUUGUAACUCGCAGAUUGUAAUAUUUUGUUACUAUUGUAUCUACUAAUAUUCUGUAAUAUAUAAACGACAAUUAUUGACAUCAACAAAGUUCAGAAGAAUUAAUUUUAAUUAGUAGUUAUUGUCUCAAGCUACUACAAAAUAUUUGAUAUUAUAUUCAAUUAUCAUAUUCAGCUAAAUACUCAUGUAAUUAUUUAUCUUAUAAAAAGCUUAACAAACAACUCACCGAAGUCAAAUAUCAUUGUCAAACAAAUACUAUAUUUCUUUUAUCGACUGCCCAUAAAAACUUAAACCAAGUUUUGAUCCGUGUAAAAGUCAUUCUGAAAAAUGUUAGACAAUCUCCAAUGGUAAGAACCUCUCAUAGGUACUUAUCAUUAUUUUAGUUAUAAAUUUUUAAAAUUUUGUAAAUUAAAAACUUUUUAAAGUUGCAAUAUUUUGUCAUGUCCAAUGGUACAAAUUUUUUUAUGGAUUCUUAAGAAAGAUUAGAUAUUUUAAUGGUAGAACAUCUUCUUAAGAUGUACAAGAACAAGAAAAAAUUAAGUUUGAAAUGAAUUUCAAACUUAAAAAUAGAAGAACACGAGAUAUUUGUGUCAUUAAACUUAGCAAAACUAAUGUCAUUACAAUGCCACAUAUACACACGGAUCAGAGCAACCACAAGACUAUGUACUUCAAUACUCAUCUACCACUCAACAAACCAAUUCAGGAGGAAAAAAGUAUAGUUUUGAAGAGCUUAUGUAAGGCAAUCAGAUCAACACACAGAUAAGGGAGAAAAGAAGUAUUAUUUUGACGCCACCGGUUUUUUUUAUCUAUCCAUACUUUCUGCAGAUUCAAUACAAUUCAUUAACUUUUUCAGAAAACAAAGCUUAUAAAUUUUGAUUUUUGAUUAUAGAGAAAGAGAGAGAAUGAAGUAGACGAACCUUGGUGCCUUGAUCGAAAGAUUUAACCCUGCAGAGGCAAGUGUAAAUGUCUCUUUAGUGAAGAUUUUCAGGGAAACCACCAAGGAUUUUCUCAAAAGACAAGUGUGAAUGUCUCUUUUCUUAGACUGAUUCUCAAUUUUGAAGAAACCUAAAUUCCCAAAUCAGAACAUAAAAAUCCCUAAAUUGAGAUAAUACCCACGAAAUCAAACAUGAUGAA